GGGUUCCCAAUGGAGUGAAAUUCUCAUUCCAUGGGUAUUACUAUGCCUGUAGGGCUGGCAGCUUUAAAAGUUUAGCUAGUCUGCAAAUAACUACAGAACACAAUAGAGUCCCCCCCCACCCCUUCCUCUCCUCUCUCGUUUUUCUUUUCCUGCUUCCAAGCGCCUUCUUAGAGGCUGAAGCUGGGCAGAUCUCCAAAGGUGCAGCAGCCACAACAAUCCCGCAGUUACACAACUUGCAGCAACUCUCUCAGCCGGCUACUAAUGAGCUGAAGGCCAGGAACAUUGGAGGAGGUGAAGAGGAAGCUUCCAGACCUCCUCCCUUCACCCUAGAAACCCACAUACCCCUUGCCCCAGAUCCCUUCGGGAUCCAGUCCUUGUUCUCUCACAGGAUAAACACCAAAUGGCUCCUUUUGGAAGAAACCUUCUAAAGACUCGGCAUAAAAACAGAUCACCAACUAAAGACAUGGAUUCAGAAGAGAAGGAAAUUGUGGUUUGGGUUUGCCAAGAAGAGAAGAUUGUCUGUGGGUUAACUAAACGCACCACCUCUGCUGAUGUCAUCCAGGCUCUGCUUGAGGAGCACGAGACUACUUUGGGAGAAAAACGAUUUCUCCUCGGGAAGCCCAGUGAUUACUGCAUCAUAGAGAAGUGGAGAGGCUCUGAACGCGCCCUUCCUCCGCUGACCAGAAUCUUGAAGCUGUGGAAAGCGUGGGGAGAUGAGCAGCCUAAUAUGCAAUUUGUUCUGGUUAAAGCAGAUGCUUUUCUUCCAGUUCCUUUGUGGAGGACUGCUGAAACCAAAUUAGUCCAAAAUAUAGAAAAACCGUGUGAGCUCAGCCCAGCAACUUACAUGAAGACAUUACCACCUGACAAACAAAAAAGAAUUGUUAGAAAAACUUUCCGGAAGCUGGCUAAAAUUAAGCAGGACACGAUUUCUCACGAUCGAGAAAAUAUGGAGAUGUUAGUUCAUCUGAUUAUUUCUCAGGACCACACCAUUCAUCAGCAAGUGCAGCGGAUGAAAGAGCUGGAUCUGGAAAUCGAAAAGUGUGAAGCAAAAUUCCACCUCGAUUGGGUAGAAAAUGAUGGGGAAAAUUAUGUGCAGGAUGCGUAUUUAAUGCCCAGUUUCAGCGAAGUAGAGCAGAAACUCGACCUGCCGUCGGAGGAAAACCAGAUUCUGGAGGAACUGAGUGACAGUGAUGGCAUUGUACAGUUGGAAGAAAGGCUGAAAUAUUACAGAAUGCUCAUUGAUAAACUCUCGGUGGAAAUAGAAAAAGAGGUCAAGAGUGUCUGCCUAGAAAUCAAUGAUGAUUCUGAAGGAGCAGCCUUCAGUGAACUGGAAACUUGUCAUCUAGAAAAUGUGAAGUGUGAUUUGGAGAAAAGCAUGGAAGCUGGUUUGAAAAUCCACUCUCACUUGAGUGGCAUCCAGAAAGAGAUUAAAUACAAUGACUCAUUGCUUCUAAUGAAAGCCAAGGAAUAUGAACUACUGGCCCAGGAGCUCAAUUCAUUUCACAUUAGCAACAAAGAUGGGUGCCAGUCAAAAGAAAAUAGAGGGAAGGAACCUGAGGUUCCCAGUAGCAGUGGAGACGUUCUUCCCUUGACCCAAAGGGUGUUGAACACGUAUGUAAAUGACACAGAUUCAGACACUGGUAUCAGCUCUAACCACAGUCAAGACUCUGAAACAACAGUGGGAGAUGUGGUAUUGCUGUCCACCUAAUUCCAGUAGCUCCUCUCUGACCUGCUUUCAAGUUGUUUGCCUUAAUGUAAUAUAAAUAGAGAACUAUGUUUCACAGCCUUAUGAGUAAAUGUAACUCAUGAUAAAGUGUGUAUUAAAUAAAAGCUAGUAAAAUUUGUUGAUUUCUUGUGUAAGAUUUCCAAUAUGGCUUUGAUUAUUACAGGUCUAAGCAGUGAACUGUUUUAUAGGAAUGCAGCAGAACUUGCUUAUCAUUACCUAACACAGAACUGAUUCAAUAGGGAUUAUUUGCUCAUCUUCCAUAGAUUCUGCUAGUAAGGAGAUAUAUAAACUUAGGAACAAUUCCAAUAUUAUCUUCUCAAAAGUAUUGAAGCUGCACAUAAGAAGAAUGAAAAUUAAAAUAUAUUUUUUAAAAAUCAACAUUGUAUCAUUAGAAUUUUUAAGUCUACAAGGCAUAUGACAGCAAUGAUGUUGUAACUGCAUUAAUGCAAAUCUCGGUACACUUAGUGCUUAGAUUGUAAAACCUAUCACAUUUAUCACUUCCUGACCCCAUCAACCUGAUUAAGCUUAUGUGACAAGUGGCUGUCGGGACUUGUGUAAGCCUCAAAAAUGGAUCAAAGUAGGUAUAGAUGGGCAAUAUCAGUGCUUUAUGCAGGCAUCUUUAUUAAUAAAGAAGAUUAAAAUGACUGAAAGCUGCAUAUAGGAUUUUACUAUCUGGCAAUGAAGAUCUUUGGAUCAAAUUAACACUCGAUACAGGUUCAUUCUUGGUGUGAACUGCAAAGUAUAGAAAAAAUUUAAUGUGUCAUAGUUUUGUUUGUUUUCACCCUAUGUACAUCAGUUGAAGUGAUGAAACUUAUGGCUUCUUUUGCCUACCCAGUAGUGAUAUGCAUACCCUCAUCAUCAAUACGUUGGCUUUGGACUUAAUAAGUGAAGCUCUCAUUGGUAAGACACUUCUUUUGUUGUAUGUAAUCCAGUUGUCU